AUGCGCCGUGCCACGUUGUCCGUAGCCGUGUGCUGCGCGCAACCAGCGGUAGCACUCACCCCUGUGCGUACCAUUAUUGCUGCCAAGGGCAUCGUAGAAAACCGUAUUGCCAAGCACUACACAAACCGCACCAUCGAGGAAUCCAAAACAGAGCGUGCGGAAGGCAUUAAAAAGACGCUUCACCCCAAUCCAUGCAACCGCAAGGAGGAACUUAGCCACCUCACCCAGCACUGCAGUUAUGAGUACGUGCCAGAGUUUCAGCGGUGGGCAAAUGACAUGAUGGCCGUGUAUAGCGACCCGCAGGGAUACGGGCAUGAUAUGGCAUAUCAUUACCACCGAAUCUGGAAGGCGAAGAGCCUGACGCGCCGUGGCGUGGAGGAUGGCAGCGGCGCCUUUGAUGUGUGCCGCGUUCAUCCGCAUUGA